GAAUGAAGAUGAAUAAGAUUAGCAGUAUGAAAAGGAUUAGCUAUAUUAUUCUGCUGUUUCUGGUUUAUAAUGUCAGAGCGGCACCUAUUUCAAAAAGGAUGGUAGAUUUGACUUACGUCUUUGACGAAACUACGUUAAAGCACCCCAUACAUACAAAAUUUGAACUAACUGUAGUUGUUAAUGGAACUCAAGAUGGUGGAUUUUGGUUACAAAAUGACGACAUUAGUGGAGGAAGCCACGCUGGAACACACAUGGACGCGCCAGCUCACUUCUCUCCGGGAGGUCUUGAAAUCGACCAAAUUCCAAUAUCUCACUUUAUUGCUCCAGCCGCUGUGAUUGACAUAACUGCCAAAGCAGAGUUAAAUUCGGAUGCGGAAGUUACCGUUGAAGACUUAAUGCGAUGGGAAGAAACAACAGGGCAAGAUUUGAAUCACAAAAUUGUUCUUGUGAGAUCUGGAUGGGGGAGACGAUGGUCCAAUAGAACAGCCUUCUUCGGAACACCAGAGGAUGACGGCACUAAACUGCACUUUCCUGGAGUUUCUGGAGACGCAGCCCAGUGGUUGGUGAACAACAGGGACAUUUAUGGCCUUGGAAUCGAUACUUUGUCUUUCGACCGUGGAAAUUCCGUGGAUUUUCCCACGCACCGAAUUUUGCUGGGACAUGGAAUAUUUGGUCUCGAAAAUGUGGCCAACAUGGAGCAAAUUCCGAUUUCGGGAGCAAUGCUUCAUGUCAUGCCAAUGAAACUAGGAAAAGCAAGUGGUGCUCCAACCCGCAUCAUUGCAACUUAUCCGGAAGUUAUUUUUUGAAAUGAAGCACUUGGCUGCAAUUUAAAACUUACUGAAGUAGUAAAGGAAUAUUUUAUAAUAAACGUUUAAAAAAAUAAUGAGGAAAAAUUUUACCAGCGUAAAAGUGGGAGCUGGAUGAACACCGCUGACAUACGUACAUAGCCAGAGAGAAAAGAAUCGUGAAAAGAACUGAGUCAAGAAACUACACAUCUGAAUGUAUUCACGGUGCAGUUCUUAAUUGAGAAAAUAGUUAUUUUAUCUGCCAAGACACAAGUACUCAUAUGUAUCUUUAUGAUAGUAGUGUUCAUACUUUUAGAAGGAUCAUAUCUCAAAUUUUUUCUCUUAUGGUCUGAAAAAGAAAUUGAUGCCGAAUGAGAAAAAAUACGUGCAUAACUUUGACCAACCUCAGAUUUUUUACUGUCCGUGUUGAAAUAUCUUCCGAUUCAAAAUAAAUAAGUAACAAUUUUUUCUAAAAUUUUGUUCGGUAAAGCACAAAAAUCGCAAAUUAUUGCAAACACUUGUUUUAACGU